AUCUCACCGUACCCAUCGCUCAUCACAGCAAGUCACUGCUCUGUCACUCUGGAGUACUUAACAUGUUGCAAAGUGGUGGGUUGUUGUAACUAUCAGGAAGCUCGACCAUUCAACAAUGGCGAUUAUCAUUGCAUGCACCCUUAUUGUCUUAGCCAGCGUCUGGAUUGUGAAACAACGAUAUCAGGCCGCGAGGCGGUUGCCCUUACCGCCUGGACCGCUUGGACAUUGGCUAUUAGGAAAUACGAUGCCGAAGUCAUAUGCACCGUUUCAAUUCGCGAGAUGGACAGAACAAUACGGACCUGUGUUCUCGCUCAAACAAGGUCGUAGGAUUUUCGUGAUUAUAGGACGCCAUCAGGCUGCGGUGGAUAUCAUGGAAAAAGAGGGAGCAAAUCUUGCUGACCGCCCGCGUGCUAUUGCGGCGCAAGAGACUUUAUCUGAUGGGUUGAGAGUGGUCCUUGCGGGCAGUGGUGAGAGAUUGCGCCGGCUGCGCAGGGUCUUGCAUGCAGGCUUGCAACCCAAGGUUGCGGAGACCUACGAACCUAUCCAGACCAGUCAUGCGAAGAAUCUGGUUCUGGAUAUCUUGAAUGAUCCAAAGAACCACCAAGGUCAUGCCAUGCGUUAUUCAGCUUCGGUGGUCAUGUCCUUCACGUAUGGAAAAAUUACUCCGACUUCAUAUACAGAUCCCGAAAUCAUCGCCGUCAAUCAGUCUCUUGUGCGUUUUGGUCAAGCUAUGAAGCCGGGAGCAUACCUUGUGGAUACGUAUCCAAUCCUGCGUUUCGUCCCAGGCUACCUGAGUCAGUUGAAGGCAUGGCACCGAGAUGAUCUGGCCCUUUUUAACGGGCAGUUGGACGCUGUGCGAAGACAGAUGCGUGAGGGGACUGCGAGGCCAUCAUUUGCGAAGUUCAUUUUAGAGCACCAGAAAGAGUAUCAGUUCGAAGACAAGGAACUGGGAUACAUUGCAGGAGGAAUGUUUGGGGCCGGUUCUGAUACAACUGCGUCCGCAAUCACAAUUAUGCUCAUGGCUGCUGCCACCCACACAGAUGCACAGGCUCGCGUACAAGAGGAACUCGAUAAAGUCGUGGGUCGUACGCGGCUGCCGACAUUUGAUGAUCAUAAAAUGUUGCCACAGGUUACUGCGUUCAUGCUUGAGAGUUUCAGGUGGAGACCUGUUAACCUUGGAGGUUUUGGGCAUCGUGCGACUAAGGACAUAGUUUGGAGAAACUACCUCAUCCCGGCAGGUGCAACUGUUAUUGGGAACCAUUGGGCUAUCGCAAACGAUCCUGAGGUCUUCCCAGAACCGCACAAGUUUAAUCCUCAGCGUUGGAUUGACGAUGCAGGUCGUGUGCGCGAUGAUCUCAAGUUUUUCGCUUUUGGUUUUGGCCGCCGAGUUUGUCCCGGUCAGCAUGUCGCGAAUCGGUCCCUCUUUAUCACCACGGCUCUUAUUCUCUGGGCUUUUCGUCUUUCUGAGAAUCCUGCGGCGAAGAUUGAUACGCUUGCUUUCUCGGAUACUGCAAACAUAUAUGCUGCUCCGUUCGAGAUAUGUUUGCAGAAGAGGAUAAAUGAGAAUGUGAUCAGGGAACUGUGCGCACCGGGGGAGUAA